CCGGGCGUUUAUGCGACGCACAAGGCGACGCAGCAAUGGCGAGCGGCAAAAAGAGUGCUCUGCUUUCCUCUUUGGCAGAUUAUGGAGACGAUUCAGAGCCCGACUCGGGGUCCGAGUCGGAGGAGACGGGGGCGCAUGUUAGUGGCCUGGUGUACAGCUACGGGGACGAUGACCUGAACCGGACCGAGAAUACAGAGAUCAAGGUGUCUGGAGAUGAAGAAAGCAGAGAGAGCCACUCGGAACUGGAAGACUCCGACGAGGGGAGGGAAGCAGAUGAUGUUGAGAUCGCAGAAGUAGAAAGAAAGGACCCCAAUGAGUUAGUUGCUCUGUUCUCGGAAAAGGUGAGGAACAUGUCACCCGACAAGAUCAGGAUCCCCCCCGAGCCCCCCGGACGCUGCUCGAGCCAACUGCAGGACAAGAUCCACAAGCUGUACGAGAGGAAGCUCCAUGGAGAUUUUGACACAAACAACCACAUCCAGAAAAAGAAAGAAUUUAGAAACCCGAGCAUUUACGAGAAGCUCAUUCAGUUUUGCAGCAUCGAUGAACUGGGAACGAACUACCCGAAAGAUAUGUUCGAUCCUCACGGCUGGUCAGAGGACUCCUACUAUGAAGCUCUCGCCAAAGCCCAGAAAGUGGAGAUGGACAAACUGGAGAAAGCCAAGAAGGAGCGGACCAAGAUUGAGUUUGUCACAGGGACUAAGAAGGGCACCAUCCCCUCCAGCACAGCCGCCUCCACCACCAGCAGCACCGCCACCACCACGGCCACAGCAGAGGCCCAGAAGAGGAAAAGCAAGUGGGACUCGGCAAUCCCCGUGACCCUGGCCCAGCCCGCCCUCAUCACCACCACGGCCACCUUGCCGGCCGUCGUCUCCGUGACGACCACCGCCAGCGGCACCAAGACCACCGUCAUCUCUGCGGUGGGCACCAUCCUGAAGAAGGCGAAGCAGUGAUCCGUCUGCGUUCUCGACCUCGCACGCAGCUGGAAGACCUGUGCUCAUUAUAUAUAUAUACAUAUACACACACACAUAUAUAUAUAUAUAUAUAUAUAUAUAUAUAUAUAUAUAUAUGUGUGUGUGUGUGUGUGUGUGUGUGUGUGUUGAAGGAAGCAGAGCGAGAGAGGGAGGCACAAAUGAACUUCUGGACUCUUAGAACCGACUCACAAACCCCCCUCUGCUACACAAGGACUGGCCUAAAGACUUCACUGCCGACUUAUCUCGGGGAUUACAUCUGCACGAUUGCCUCAUGAAGACAAAUUUGCAGUGUUGUGAAAAACUCAUGGAUCCUCUUUAAAAAAAAAAGUGUGGUGCAUGCAGAUCUCAUGCUCAUAAAACAUUCAUUACUUUUUUUUAAUAUAUAUAUUUGUUGGCAACAGUUGUUAGUAUGAAGAGGGUAUUGAAGAGAACAAUGUUUGCAUAAAGGAAAAAGGGUCCCUAACGGACCUGGUAGAUCAUAUCUGAAAAUGUGUAUAUAUUUUUCCAUCCAUAGUUUUGGUGCAGUAUUUCACUGCAUCCUGCAGCAUUCAUGUGUUCUAGGUCGACAUGUUUUAUUUUGUUCCCAUCAUUGGCAAAUUAACCGACUAAAAGGUAAGAGAUUUUUUACACUUGUACAUAUGUAUUGAUGAUGAGGGAAAUAAACGGAUCCGAUGCUGUCUUUUCA